AUGCCUGGUCCUCAGGUUUACUUCGACAUCGAGUGGGAGGGUCCCAAGGUCGACAGCAACGGCCGUGCCUCCGGUGCUGCUGAGCAGCAGAGCGGCCGCAUCACCUUCAACCUCUUCUACGACAUUGUCCCCAAGACUGCCGAGAACUUCCGUGCUCUCUGCACUGGUGAGAAGGGUUUCGGCUACCAGGGCUCUUCCUUCCACCGCAUCAUCCCUGAGUUCAUGCUCCAGGGUGGUGACUUUACUCGUGGCAACGGCACCGGCGGCAAGUCCAUCUACGGCGAGAAGUUCGCCGACGAGAACUUCCAGCUGAAGCACGACAAGCCCGGUCUGCUGUCCAUGGCCAACGCCGGCCCCAACACCAAUGGCUCCCAGUUCUUCGUCACCACCGUUGUCACCUCGUGGCUCAACGGCCGUCACGUCGUCUUCGGCGAGGUCGCUGACGCUUCCUCCCUGAACAUCGUGAAGGCUCUUGAGGCUACUGGCUCCCAGAGCGGUACCGUCAAGUACCCUAAGCGCGCCACCAUCGUCAAGUCCGGCCAGCUGUAAAGGGUGUCCCUCGACGAAACAUUGUACUCGAAUCUUCCCUUUUCUCUCUCAGUGUGAGUGGCAGGAAAGUAGGUAGGCGGGUAGUAUGCUGAAGUAGUUGCGGAAUGUGCGGUGCCUUGGCAGAUGACGUCGAUAAGCCAGGCUAGGUAGCUAGGUCAAGACGCAAAAGUUAUAGCACUAUCACCACCAAUCUUU